AUGAUCGAGAAACGAGCACCGAUCCAAAACGGCUCGAUCCGAAAACGCACGCCUCAUCGUCCAGCAUCGGUGCCAAGCGACAUUUACAUUUCAAAUAAAAGCAUACCGGCAGUCGUGAUUAAGCGUGUACGGCAACUCAUGGUCAAUGAACGUUAUCACAAGGUGACGCUACAUGGAUUGGGUGCUUCUGUUGUACGGACCAUUUCAAUAGCACAGAGGGUGCAAGGUGCCCUUCAUAAUCAAGUGGACCUGCGACCUACGACUACUUCAGUGACAUUGGUAGAUGACAUUAUUCCCGAUGAUAUGGAUAAAGAUCUUGAUUCCCAAAAACGCAUGAGCUCUGCUAUUCACAUUGAUUUAAUCGCCAAACCUGGUCUCGAGACGUUACAACAGCGAGUGCCACCCAUUGCAUCAAAACCUUCGCGCAAACAAAGGACAAAGUAG